GGCCUCCUUAAAUAUGCAGUGCAUGCAUGUCCCAGAAGUGAAAUAGACACUGAGGUAUCUUGUAUCUUCUUAUACAAAUCUAAGGCAGAUAUCUAGUCGACAAGAACAUGGAGAAGCCGUUGGGAUUAUUGGCUUUGCCCAGCGAGAUCUUACAAAAGAUCUUUGUACAAGUGCCCACGGAGUUGAAACGGACAUGUCGGACUUUUGUGGUGAUGUACAACGAUCUUUAUAGAAACUUGUUCGUCGAUCGAUUUGGACCCCAUAUCCUCCGCACAAUUGCUGAUUAUGACUACAAAUAUUUGGUUGACUACAUACGAUCAUUUGACUAUUGGAGGAAAGACAUUCGUAAUAUUAUAUCAGAGCAUUAUGACUUAAGACUCCCGUAUACUGAUGAAGAUGAGCUGGAGGGUGAAAAAGUGGACCCCGCAAAUAAAUUGAAUUGCCAAUACAUCAGAGACUCGUGGAAAUUGGUCUAUGGAAUAUAUGUGAACCGUCGCAUUUUUGUAGAUUACGAUGAUUAUACCGUCAACUCCUACGUGAAUGCACCAAUGAGUUCGGUCAAAAUAGACAAGACGUUGAAAUUGACACCAGGACUUUAUAAUCUGUCAUGUGCUUUGAUCAUCAAAACCUUUGCUGGCAUGAGUUCGAGUGUUUUCAAGGUUUUGGAUGGCAAAACGGGGGACAAGCUCUUGGAGUACCAGCCUGCCUCGCAUUUCUCGGAAUUGGUGCCACACAACAAGUUUGUGUUACUGGAUAUUGGGUCGUUUGAAGUUAAGAAGCCAAAAAUUGUGGAGCAGGAAAUGGAUGAAUCCAGUUCAGAGGAAAGUAAUGGAGAGGAAGUUGUGGCAACAAUGGAGGAAGCCGUUCAGAGCAAAUUGGUUGAUAUUCGUGUGGUUGUUGAGGAAGCGGGGGUGAUGGUCAAAUCGGGGUACAUCUUAUGUUAUAUUGACGUCAACGCAUACCAACUUAAAGACUGUAUGAUUGACUCGGCUGGAGACUUAUACUGUGUCAACGAAAAGUACUGGUUGGCUUGGUGGAUUGAAAACCAGCCUCCACUCCCGGAGAACGUUGUCAACGUCCUUUUGAAAAAGUUGUACAAGAGCAUGGAGAAGUCGAUGAAACUCAUCAAGCCAACAACUCCACACCGAAGGAUGGGUUCUUUCGCUGAGUCUAAUCUUGACGCCCGGAUCAAGAGAGCUGAUAUGAGUCCUGUAGUGGUCGAGAAUGAGGACGAAACCGACGGUACUGACGGUACCGAUGGAGAGGUAAAUUUGGAAACCUACAACAGAGAGUUUUAUUCGAAGCUUAACAGGGAGGGGGAGUUGAUUGUUAGGGAGUUCAAGUUCCGGACAAUGAAAGAUCGGAGACGAUAUGAGGAGUGGAUUGGGCAAACGGGAGAGGAAAAUUAUUCCGUUAAGUCUGGGACAGUAUAUACUAUGGAGCCUCUCAAAUGGAAGCUGACUACGAUAAUGGAGAUUUGAGAAAUCUGGGCCCUAACUUUAUAGACUCUACAUAGUUCAUUGUAUACAUAGUUGCAGUAAGAUAGGUAAGAUAGGGGAGCUGUAUGAAA